UUCUUUCAACGGUCGCACGCACCGCACGAAUCCGAAUUACUGGCGCGCACUCCACCUCAAGAUUCCGUCCAUUUCGACCGUCCAAAUUGGCGGUAGCGAGAAUCGCCGCCCAUCAGCGACCGUUCCUCCCCGUUCCCGAUUACCACGCAACACACAAACGCGGGAAUCGGAUUCCCGUCGCCCCCCACUGGCAACGUUCCCAAUUCGAAGUCGGCGCCGGAUCGUUAUAUAUAUAACCCGCGGCUUCUCUUGAAUUCGGCAACGAGUCCUAAGAACCCGAGGCGGGUGUGUGUGGUUUCGGAGGUCGCGGAGAUGGCGUCGAGGAGGAUCAUCAAGGAGCUCAAGGAGUUGCAGAGGGACCCGCCCACUUCGUGCAGCGCAGGGCCUAUAGCAGAUGACAUGUUCCAUUGGCAAGCCACCAUAAUGGGUCCUCAUGAUAGUCCAUAUUCUGGGGGUGUUUUCCUUGUGACUAUUCAUUUCCCACCAGAUUAUCCUUUCAAACCUCCCAAGGUGGCAUUUAGGACUAAGGUGUUCCAUCCAAACAUCAACAGCAACGGCAACAUCUGCUUGGACAUUCUCAAGGAUCAGUGGAGCCCUGCUCUAACCAUUUCUAAGGUUUUGCUAUCCAUUUGCUCAUUGCUGACCGAUCCAAACCCCGACGAUCCGUUGGUCCCUGAAAUCGCUCACAUGUGCAAAACCGACCGGUUUCGAUACGAGUCCACGGCUCGCAGCUGGACCCAGAAGUAUGCCAUGGGCUGAGCCAAUAGGCAAUAAUUAAUUCUGAUUCAAUUCCAUGAAUAAAUGUUCACCAAAAGAAAAAAAAAAAACAAAACCAAAACAAAAAUCCAUGAAUAAAUUAACUGUGCCUAGAUAACUACAAAAAAUCUACUAGUUAAUGAGUAUGCUGAGAUAUUGAGUUCAUUGUUGACAUUAUGGACAUGCCAUGUUUGUUAGAAUUAAUAUAAGCAAUUUACAAUUUUGAGUUAAAUUGUUUGUUGUUACAAUGAUACUAUGUAUGGUCCAAGGUUCUUCUAUGAAUUUUGAGUGCUUUAAUUA